GAUGUGACGAUGUGAACUGCUGCGGCCAAGUUGUCCGCUCGAGUCCUCCGCCUUGGCGUGGUCUGCUCUUUAUAUUUAUAUUUCACUGUAAUGGCUCUCCGCAUUGCGGUCCUCCGGUCGAGAAUUCUCUGACGGUCUUUUUCAAUAUUUCUAUCUGGCGAGACGGGUCCGCCAGCAUGUCUUCGGCCUCAUCGCCAGCUUAUCCUGCCAACCCAACGACCCCUCCUUAUACCGACAACCUCGAAUGGAUCACCGCGUAUCUUACCAUACACUCUCUUAGUGUUCCCAGCCGUCGUUAUUCAUUUCUGCUUUGGAUAGUCGUCGUUUUCGUCUUCCUUGUCUUCGCAAUCCUUCAUUGGACCGGGGCAAGAGGAGGCGUACUCGGAGCAUAUUGGUCCAAGUGGGCACUGCCUCGUAGGUCAUGGAAAAAACAUGCAGGACCCCGACUCGGCACGCGACAGACAUCUCCAUCAAACCGGAAAGCAGUUUUUUUACCGUCCAAUGCCCAGUUACUCGCUAUGUUUGGUAUGACGCUGGUCUCUCUGGCGCUUGCCCUUGUUGGUCCAGAUUACAUCGCACCUACCUUCAAGGUCUGGCAGUUUGCAAAACGCGAUCUAUCACAAUCACAUACUCCCGUUCAACCUCACUCACUCUAUGAUGCGUCCACGUUUGAUCCCUACAUCCCUCAGUACACUAUCCCCAAGUCGCUAUGGUCCUCCUCUGCCCGGUUUGGGCAGAUCGCAUUCGCCCUCUUUCCUCUCUGCAUUAUCUUCGCACUCAAAGCACCUCCGUUCGCGCUGUUCGCCAUCCCGUUUAUGAUACAGCUCUUCUUCGACAAACUCGUCUGGUUGCAUAGGUGGUCCGGUAGACUCAUUUGGUUCAUGACAUCAGUUCAUGUGGUCCUGUGGAGUAUCCAACUUGCACGCGACCAUGAUCCCAACACUGGGCGCCCGGCAUACCUCCAAGCGUUCACAUAUCAACCUUUCCUCUUUGGGUGGACUGCGUUUGCGUUGCUGACGUUAAUCGUGCUCCUCUCAUUGCAUCCUAUUCGCAGACAUUUUUACGAAUCUUUUUAUUUCAUGCAUAUCUUACUCGUCCCUUUGACUCUUUUAACAGCUGGACUACAUCAUCCUACAAUUGGAUUUUGGUGCUGGGUUGCAUUCGCAAUUUGGGUAGGCGAACGCCUAUGGCGCCUGACUUGGUGGGUCUACUCCAACGGGUUCGCGUACAACGCACCUUCGGCACCAGCACCCUCCGACUACAACUCCUGGGAAAUGGACCGCCUGCAACAGCUGCAAUCUGACUCCCUCCCUCCCCACCCCUUUGUGGAGGCUAACGUCAAGCGGACAUCUAGCCCCCUUGACCCCUACUAUGACUAUGAUCAUGGCAGUCCCAUUCCACUCCUUAGUGGUGCAAGUCCCAGGUCCAGUUCACGCCUUUCGCAUGCUAUAGAGGAACUCGCUCCCGCAAGGAAUCCUCUGCCGCCCCCUUCAUACGUUCCUCCCCCCGGUUAUGCCCACGCAGAACUCUUACCUGGACGAACAAUCCGACUACGGCUAAUCACUCCCAGAUUUCUUCCAUGGGCUCCAGGCCAACACUUUCUUAUUCACAUACCAUCAGUCUCUCGUUUUACUUCUCACCCUUUCACCUGUGCUUCCAUCUGUGAUGAACAAGCUCAGGACCAUGAAGGCCGUCUUAUGGUAUUUCUUAUCCGUGUACGGAAGGGUUGGACACAAGACCUUUGGGAUAUGGUGUCCCGAAUGAUAGCCAAUCACUCGAGAGGAGAUGUCUCUUCGUUGAAGUCAACUAGUCUGCCAACGGGGGGUGCGCUUUUGCGGGCUUUUGUCGAUGGACCGUUUGGCAGUUCUGUACGAGCAAGGUGGGGAGAUUACUCGACUGCGAUAAUCAUCACCGGUGGUUCGGGCGUAAGUUUCGGCUUGUCGGUGUUGCAAUAUUUGUGCCUUUGCUUGUCCGGGAGAGACGGUCAGCAUUUAGGAGGUCGCCCUGGAGGUUUUGGUCAAAAAGGUUUCGUCAUGAGGCGUAUACGAUUUGUAUGGCUUUUACGCGAGUACUCCCAUGUGCAAUGGUGUGCAUCUAUCCUGCGUCGCUGUAUGUCUAUGGUCCCGUCUCUACAGGUGGACAUCUACGUUACAAACUUCAAACCAGUACUGGCGAAGCUUCCUACCCCUCUAUCCCCUGUCCUCUCGCCCUCUCGGCUGCGCUUCGUCUCCACUCCUGCUAUUGACGAGCUGGAGCCUCCACAUCCGAGUUUUGCGCGCGAUGGUAGGAAUCAUUCGCGCUCCAGCUCCUCGGCUUCUGUCGAUAGCCACGAAAGUUGCGAGAGUGACGUUGACCUGAGCUACUAUGGCGGCGAGCACAGCGACGCGAAUGACGUGCCUGAGGACUUAAACCUCGCGCACGAGACCAACAUCCUUGAGUUAACGAACUUCGAAGGCGAGGAGGAUAUGACCACACCUAGCGAGAAGAACCUUAGCUUGAAAUUGAAAAAGGAAGGAAGACUACGUCGUAUGCAGACCCGUCGACUCGGCAAGGUGGCAGGCUUGCGAAAGGACUUGGAGCCAAGUCAGAUCUACAACCAUCUUCGCUCACAACCCGACCACCGCGCGCCGCUACUUCGUACGAGCAGACAAUCUGUGUUGUCGACCAAUUCAAAUGACCGUUUAAUCCCUGUAUCACCACUAUCUGAGCGUCCCCUUUCAGCCCUGUCAGAGAGUGACCUGUCGAAUUCACCGGUUCAACGAUAUGGUGACUCCCCACAUCGCUCCCGACCACCUUCCUCGUUGGCGAAUAUUCUGGAAUACUCGACGGUUUCUUGGGUUGCACCGCCGCCUGUUAUAGAGGAUGGGCCACCUCCAUCGCCACGGACGAGAACACAAUGGGAUGACAAGUCGGAAGCUGAGAGAUCACGACCUUAUCUCCCUCCGAUUAUGACGAACGGACCACCGGAUUUGCCCGGUCUCGAGAUUGAUGAGCAGGAGGCCAAGGAAGUAGACAUCAUGUCUGAGCACGCGCGGCCUGGAAAGCCUAAGCUCGAUAAAGUGAUCGCGGACGAGGUUGAGCAAUCGGGGGGCUCGGUGGUAGUUGCAUGUUGCGGACCCAGCUCGCUUGAUGUGAUGGUCCGGAAGAUUAUAGCGAAGCAAAUCAAUCCCAAACGCAUACGCCAGGGAGACAUGCGCGGGCUGAUAACAUUAGUUUCAGAAGAAUUCGAAUAUUAAGCGCCUUUCACACAACCCCAGGACCUUUUCUUCUUUUCUUUUCCUUUCGCCUUCGUUCACCGUGCCGCCUUAUCUCUGCUUCGAGAGCUUUCCUCGCCCAUAUCGUUCCAUCAGGGGCAACAGUUGUCUAAAAGACUGUAUCUUACUUACAUGUAAUGUGUCGCAAACCUCUACAUUCGGACUGGAAUAUAUGCUAUUCAUCAAUAGCAUCCCUACUUCGUGUUCCACGAACUCCGUCUUCAAACCAAAUUGGAACUGACUUCUUUUAGCGGUGGUAUUACCAUAACCCAUUGCUGUGAUGUCCAGGCUAGCUCCGCCAUCCUCAACAGGCCUAUGUCUCGAUGGCUGAUAACCUUAGUCACAGGGCAGCAGCAAUGGUGCCAAUUACUGCUAGGAGUACAAGCACGUCCGGAAUCGUGAUUCCCCAGGGCAAGGACACCUAUGCGAUUAGAUCAUGCACUUUUGAAUUCAGGGUAUAUA